UGCCUCUGUUCUUUCUCUCCGCUCCGCUCGUUGCUCGCUGCAGGCUGCGUGGCUUCCCGAGAACAAACCGACCUACCAACUUUUUACAAUUGUGUUGUUGUUUUUUACGCGUUUAAACUCGAAGCUCGCGAUGCAGACAAAUGGCUCAACCAUUUCCCAACACUUUAGGUUGUGAUACCGUUUCAAACUCGGUAUGCGGAUUUGUCUAAAUAGUGUCACAACUUCAAACAAAUCAACAACGGAACAAGUUGGAACCGAGAUAAAGGAACCCGGAUCAGCUCUGCGCCUAUCAAGAUCUAAGUCAAGAUGUCUGUCAGUAACCACGAAAACAGAAAGUCUCGCUCUAGUUCCGGCUCAAUGAAUAUCCAACUCUUCCAUAAGACGUCCCAUGCAGACAGCCUGUUGACUCAGCUCAACCUGUUACGCAAACGAAAAAUCUUCACAGAUGUCAUCCUUAAGGCUGGAAAUAGAUCCUUCCCCUGCCACCGGGCCGUCCUGGCUUCCUGUAGCCGAUACUUUGAAGCCAUGUUUAGCGGCGGGCUCAGGGAAAGUCGUGACGCCGAAGUUAACUUCAAAGAGUCUCUCCAUCCAGAGGUGCUGGAGCUCUUGCUCGACUACGCCUAUUCAGCCCGAAUCCUCAUUAACGAGGAAAAUGCGGAGUCGCUCCUGGAAGCCGGCGACAUGCUUCAGUUUCACGACAUCAGGGACGCAGCAGCAGAGUUUCUAGAAAAGAACCUCCACCAGUCAAACUGUCUGGGGAUGAUGCUGCUGUCAGACGCCCACCAGUGCCAGAGACUGUAUGAGCUGUCGUGGAGGAUGUGCCUGGCGAACUUUGCUACUCUCUUCAGGACUGAGGACUUCCUCAGCCUACCCAGAGACAAAUUCCAGGAACUAAUCCUCAGCGAGGAACUGGAGGUGGAGGAUGAGAGCCUGGUGUACGAGGCUGUGAUCGACUGGGUCAAGGCCGACAUGGAGCACAGGCACAGCGAGCUGCCAGAGCUGCUGCGUUGUGUCCGCCUGGCGCUGCUCCCUGAAACAUACCUGCUGAAAAACGUUGCUUCAGAGGAGCUGGUGAUGUGCCAUAAGGAGGGCCGGGAGAUUGUCGAAGAUGCCGUACGGUGCAAAAUGAGGAUCCUCCAGAAUGACGGUAUUGUAACCGGGUUCUGUGCCCGGCCGAGGAAGGUUAGCCAGGCCCUGCUGCUGCUGGGAGGACAGACUUUCAUGUGCGAUAAAGUCUACAUGAUCGACAACAAGACGAAGGAGAUCACCCCCAAAACAGACAUCCCCAGCCCCAGGAAAGAAUGCAGCGCCUGUGCUAUUGGUUGCAAGGUUUACGUUACCGGAGGACGUGGCUCUGAAAACGGGGCUUCCAAAGAUGUCUGGGUCUACGACACAUUACAUGACGAGUGGUCCAAAGCUUCACCCAUGCUGGUAGCAAGAUUUGGACAUGGGUCUGCGGAGCUCGACCACAUGCUCUAUGUUGUGGGAGGACACACUUCUCUUGCAGGAUCUUUCCCUGCAUCUCCAUCUGUGUCUCUCAAACAGGUCGAACAAUACGACCCUCAGACCAAUAAAUGGACCCUGGUGGCUCCGCUCAGAGAAGGUGUGAGCAACGCUGCCGUAGUUGGGGCAAAAAACAAGCUCUUUGCCUUUGGGGGCACCUGUGUGAACAGAGACAAAUACCCCAAGGUGCAGUGCUUUGAUCCCUGCCAGAACCGUUGGUCAGUGCCGGCGUCCUGUCCUCAGCUGUGGCGCUACACUGCAGCGGCCGUGGUUGGUAACCAUGUUGUGGUGAUCGGAGGCGAUACUGAAUUCUCAGCCAGCUCUGCUUACCGGUUCAACAGUGAGACGUACCAGUGGUCAAAGUUUGGCGACGUGACAGCCAAACGGAUCAGCUGCCAUGCAGUGGCAUCAGGAAACAGACUAUAUGUUGUUGGCGGGUACUUUGGGGCUCAGAGGUGUAAGACACUAGACUGUUAUGAUCCAUCGUCAGACUCCUGGGACAGUGUGACCAGUGUGCCCUACUCACUCAUUCCCACUGCCUUCGUCAGCACAUGGAAGUACCUCUCAGCAUAGAGAGAGACGCGCUGACUAUUUGCAGUUUCUGUGAUCCGCCGUGGUGUCUGGUAUGCAGCCAUGUGUCUCCCUUCCCUGGCUGCACAGAGGAGGAGGAAGAGCUUGUAUAUUCCUGCUGUGGCUCCAUCCAGCCUGAUUCACUUUAUUAGUCUGCGGCCUCUUUCCACCUGAUCUGUUUACUCAUACUUCUUGUGUAACUUUCCCAUGCAGCUACUAGCCUGAGCUGGACUUGUUGCCAUGUAUACUGCAGUGGGGGCCUCACAAUCUCUAUAUAACAUGCGAAGCACAGCCAGGAAGCAGGCCAAUAGCAUAAACGUGUGCUCCGGGCAUCUGCCUAACAUCUCCAGACUUUUUUCUUUCCACCUCCUGGGGCCAAUCUGCUAACUGUAUCGGCCCUGCACUGCUCAACUUACCCACUCCAUUAUCAAAUAUGUGUUUCAUCUCGCCAGUAGAGUGCCAGUUAACAGACUCCGUAAGGACUUAUUAGUGUCUCUCACUGACAUCUUGUUUUAAAGUCCACAGAAAAGGAGGUCAGCUGGUUCUUUUGUUGUGGUUUCUCUCCCCUCCUGACACUGAGCGUUUACUCAGGUGUAAUUUAUUUAGACUGCUGAUAGACUGAAUUACACCUUUGCUAUGCUCGGUGUAUGGUGAAGGAGAGAAGACAUUUGGGGAAGUGUAUGAUUUUGUGCACAAAAACAAUCUUUCUGUCUGUAUUUUUAGACUUUGGACUCGGUCUUCCCUCAAUUUUGGUAAGCUAAAUUUGUAUCUUCCUCCUUGACUUAAAAUAUACGCUCACAAGAGAGAAUGUGCCUCAUUAAAGCCCAAGAAGAUACUUUUCUGUUUCAAGAUGUUAUUUCAGGCUAUGAUUUUUGACAUUUUUUGUGUAUUUUGUGUCUCAGGGUUAUGUAUAGUUUUGCCUGUAUUUGUUCAAGGAAGUGUAACGUUUUCUGUCUUUUUUGUGUGUGAAUUUACUAUUUUGUGAUAAACAGUUUCACAGAGCUCUUUCAUUUUAGAAUACAUUGCCGAUUGUAAAUGUAUGAUUACGGUUAAUAGCAGUGGUCAUAUUUAAAACAUAUGUUUCCAAAACCUGAAUAGAUAACUUUCGUGUCAUUCUGGAUUUAGAUAACAAAAGCUAAGUGUGUCCAAAGUAGUUAAGAAAUACUUUGUAGCUCUAAUGUUAUUUUUUUCAUUUGAUAUUUCACAAUCUUUAAUGGAAGUUUUUUUUGUGUGUAUAGUUUGUAUAUUUGCUUUGUAAUGAAUUUGUAGAAGCCUUUGAUUUGCACAUUUUGUACAAAGAAAUCUCUUAAUGGUCUUAAUUUUGUAUCUUUGUCUUAACCCAGCUUGGGUAGUGUGAAUAAUCAAAAGCGUUUUUGUAGCAAAUUAUCCAGUUGUUUCUGUUUGAACAAAACCUUUGCUCAGUGUGGAAGUCUGCAGUUUUCCAAUAUAUCAAAGUAUAUAUCAAAUACACUGAUAUAUUAAGCUAUUACUGAUAUACCAUCUGUUACUUCAUGUUCUACAGCCUAUAACUGGUCAAUAAAUAUCCUCUUGUUGAAACUAUA